AUGGCGGUGGCAGGACCUCGAGGCUGGAUCUGGGGGGUGUUGUGCCUUGUAAUGGCUGGGGUUUGGGCCAAGGAGACGGUCUUGCUGCGCGAGACCUUUGAGGACUACAGCCUGAAUCAGUGGACUCGAUCCGGGGCCACCAAGCCAGGGGCGAGCGCUGACAUUGCGCAGUAUGCGGGUCGCUGGGCCUUGUCCAAUGGUUCGCUGGUCAUGAAAGGAGCCAACCAACACUAUGGUCUUGCCAAAGCCUUGGAUAGCCCGUUUUCCUUCAAAAAUGGUCUACCCCUUGUUGUCCAGUAUGAAGUGCGCUUCCGCCAGGUCAUGGUUUGUGGCGGCGCAUACAUCAAGCUACUUGAAUCGACCGCAGACUUGACCCAGCUCAACGACAAGGCCCCUUUCACCAUCAUGUUUGGCCCAGACAAGUGUGGAGAUGAUGCAAAGUUGCACUUUAUUUUUCGCUACCCGCACCCGCGCACCGGUGUGAUGCGCGAGGUUCAUGCCCGCCGCAUCGAAAACGUCGAAAAACUCAUCUAUACUGACAAGAAGACACACCUCGUGACGCUUGUGCUCAAACCCAGCGGGGAAUUUGCGCUGCGCAUCGACCGCAAGCAGGUGUUGCAAGGCGACAUGGCUAGCAGCGAAGACUGCGAUCCCCCGCUUCUGCCCCCAGCCGAAAUUCCUGACCCCAGCGAUCAAAAGCCCGCCGAUUGGGUUGAUGAAGAGUUUAUUGAUGAUCCCACCGACCAAAAGCCAGCUGAUUGGGACGAGGAAGCACCUCAGUAUAUUCCGGACCCUACUGCACAAAAGCCCGAGCUUUGGGAUGAAAAUGAACCGAGUAUGAUUCCAGACCCAGCUUCGGAGCGCCCAAUGGACUGGGACGAUGAAGAGGAUGGCGUUUGGGAGUCGCCACGCAUUCCGAACCCAAAAUGUGAAAUGCAUGGCUGUGGGCCUUGGACAGCGCCGUCCGUUGCCAAUCCGCAGUUUCGUGGUGUCUGGCAACCUCGUCGUCUGCCCAACCCUGACUAUUUUGAGGACGCGGCGCCAUUUGACAAACUACGAGAUAUCGGUGCCGUCGCGUUUGAGCUCUGGACCAUCACCCCAGAUGUACACUUUGACAAUCUUAUCGUAACCACGGAUGAGGCAGAGGCAGACCAAAUGGCUCGCGAACUCUGGUUGCCAAAGCACACAAAUGAGAGCUCUGGUGAAUGGCACUUUGGGCCCUUUGAACCUAUUGUGGAAUUGCUAUUGGAGUGGAUUGACGAAGCAAACGCCAACCCUUUGCUUUACAUCCUAUACACGGCCGGCCUGUCCCUGGUGGCCGCUCUGCUCAUCUUGGUGUGCUCCCCCAGCAAUGACGCCACACCGUCUUCUGCUACCGGCCAGAAGCAAGAGAACAACGCUCGAGCCCACGCUCGGGACGAGCAGGACGAUGGGCCUACCAGUCCAGCAUCCGAGCCCACGGCCAACGUCCGCCGGCGUCACACACGCGCUUCGGCCGAAUAG